AUGGCUCGAGAAGACGAGGAGGCCUACACCCAGUACAUCGCCUUGCGGCAGUGUCUGGCUGACACGCUGCAGUCCCUCAUUGACGACGGCACCCUCGAAGACAAGAUCCGCCAGUCCCAAACAAAAUCCAAGCUGGGCCGCCUCUCCAACUGGAACAUCAUCGACCUCGCCCUGGACGUCACGGAUGAGAUUGCCCGGCGCAACGACAAGAGCAACGUGCCCUUCCUCCCCGUCCGAUCCGAUUUCCACCAGAAGCGCAACCAGGCUCGCCAGAAACUCGCUACUCUGGCCUUCUCGCGGUGUAUGGAUCUGGCUCUCGACAUUUGCUUCGAGAUUGAGAAGCGCUAUGACCACUUCAUCGACAAGUACGAGCGGGAAUACGAAAGCACCAACCAAUCUCUGAGCCGGCGGACAUCCAAGAACCCAUAUGACGAACCCCAUACUCCUCUCGAUAACCUGAUCAGCGAUCUUGAAAAAACUAAAUCAUCUGGCGGAAAAUCGAUGGACGAUUCGUCCCGUGCCAAGGAAGACAACAGCCAGCAGGUCGAGCAGCUCAAAAGCGAGCUCAGUGCCCUUGAAAAAGAGAAAAAGGCCCAGAUUACCGAGCUUGAAGUCCGACUCAAGAAGGAGCAAGACGCCAUGACAGCCUUGCAAAAGCUGUACGAUCAGCUGCAGGAGAAGCACGAUCGGCUGAACGAAGACUACCGCACGCUUCGGGACGACUUUGACAAGCAGAAGGAGAUUGGCGAUGAUAUCCGCGCCGAGGUUGCAUCUCUGCUGGAAGAGAUCAAGUCUCUCACGGCCAAGUAUCAGGAUCUGGAGCAGACACACAAACGGGAUGAAGAUCUGAUCCGCGACCUUACAGACGAGAAUCGCCGCCUCGAAGGCCAGCUCGCCGAUGUGUCGGUCUCGGCUACGCCCAAGACCCCACGCGACCGGUCUCGCGAUCCUCGUGAUCCUGUUCAGCGCGACCGAUCCCGAACCCGCAGUCGCUUGAUGCGCUCGCGGUCCCGGGGUCCGUUGAGCCCUGCUUCCGAGUUCAAGGAAAUGGAUACCAACGAUUACAGCGCCGAAUACAAUGCCAUGGAUCGUUCCAAGUUGGGUGCAUUCCAUGCAGCGACCGAUGAUCUGCUGAAGGCCGCCAGAAGCGACGUACCCACCAGCGUGCUGGUUCCCAUGAAGGCAAUUGUGCUGGCCUGCAAGCGUAUCAACGAAGACACCGAGUCGUUUGAGGACAACCAUGGCCGCCAGCUUUCGGUCAGCGACCAGGACUAUCUUCAGACCCUCAAGAGCAAUCUGUCGUCUGCCCUGACCUCGCUCAUGACUGCCGCCAAGAACCACGCCACCAGCUACGGAUCCGGAUCCGGUAAUACCUCCGCCAACCUGGAACAAGCGACCAACGGUCUCACCUCUGCCGUCUUGGACCUCUCCAAGUUCACGCGGAGCAAGAAGGAGACCUCGUCAUACUCGAGCUACUCACAGCACGGUACAUCGUCCCCAAUCGAGCGCGGAGAUCGAGACCGUGAUCGUGAUCGUGAUCGUGAUCGUGAUCGUGAUCGUGACCGUGAUCGUGAUCGCGAGGGCCGAGACCGCGACCGCUCCGAGACUCGCGAGAACGCCCGACCGGGCCGUCUGUCGGGUCGCCAGUCGAUCCGUCGUGACCGACCCAAGAGCAUGGACAUCAACGAGCUCAAGUCUUUCCUGGAGCAGCAGACCGACUCGAUCGUAUCUGCGAUCCAAACCCUGCUCUAUGCCAUGCGCCAGCCCGACUCCUCCAACCAAGAGUUCAAGGACACGGUCGAUGGCAUCACCCUUAUCGUCGAGAACCUGGUCAAGGUCUCCCGACAGACGCUCUCCAAGCCCUCGCCCACCUCGCGCAAGCUCGGCGAGCGCGGCAAUCAGAUCCUGACCGACCUUGCCGAGGCCAACGUCAAGCUCAUGGACCUGGGUCAGACCAUGAUGAGCCAGGCAAGCAGCAACACCGAAAAGGCGAACAAGGCGAUGAAGCAAAAGCUGGCCUCCUCCUCAUACGAUAUUGCAAAGUUCGUGAAGGAGCUCAUCGGCCUGAUUGACUAA